UAUGUUCAAAACCAUGUUCAAAUUCAAAACAUUCAAGAGCUUAAAAUAUUCUAAAACAGUCCAAAGUAGGCUAAAAGUAGGCCUACUUCCGAUGUAGAAUAGCUCUUGUCAGCGCUAUAUAAUAUUAAUACAUUAUUGUAUUAUUAUUAUUAUUACAGACGUUUUGAGCAGCAUUUUAAGCUCGAGGUGGAGCCAACUGAAGCUAUUUCACACAGCUCACUAUUAAGCAGGUUAUUCUAAAGUAGAGUAUUGAAUGAUAUCUGAUUUAUUCAGAAUAUUAAUCUGUAAAGCUAAAGGGAAUACUUUUUUAAAAUUAACAAUGUACUCUGAAAAUUGUAAUAUGUUUAUAUCUGAAAUGCAGUGAAGUAGAAGUAACAUAAAAUCGACCCAAGUAACUUGUAACAUACAAGUACUUAAGAUAAGAGAUAAGAUGAGACUUUACUGAUUUUAUUAAGUGUCCUACAGUACUUGAAUAAAUGUACUUAUUUAUGUUCCGCCACUGUAUAGAGGACAUGUCCACAGUAUUUUUGAGGGGCAGUUUGGAGAUGUGAAAAUAAUUAUCAUUUCAUGAUUUAAAAUGACUACUUUUAGACUUGGUGCUUUUGAGAGUUAUGGGAUACAUAAGUGAAUAAACAUACUGAUUUAGUGAUUGCUCUCAUGAGGAUUUAUUUGGCUGGCUAUGGUCCCGUCAGCCCCCACAAACACAACACACCACCACACCAACCCCCUAAAUCACUGAAUGCCAUAACAACAUAUGCUUAAAAAAAAAAAACUGGAAAGAUUAUUAGAUUAGUAGAAUAUACUGGUGCCCUCACUGCUGCUGGCACAUUCGGUGCUGCUGAAUUACUGUUGAUUUGUGUCUCACUAUAAAUAGAUUUGGGAGACAAAGAGCCUGGGUCCUAGAUGAGUGAUACACAGUCAAAACCUAAUUAAUAAAAGAAAACUUCACAGAAGAUGAAGGUUGCCUCUCUACAACAAGUGGGCCCCGGGCUGCCAUUGGAUUAGGCAGAGAGAAGUACUUGGGAACAAUACAAUGGUCUAUUCUCAUUCAGUAUAAUCCUUGUAGGUAUUGCAAGCAGUUUCAUAUGACUCCACAGAGAAAAGGCUACUACAAGCACCUCUCUGAAGAAGUGUUUCGGUUACAGAUUAAAAAACCGCAAAUGUCAACUUCCCCACCAACCUCUUGCGAUUGGAUGCUCCUGGUUGAACAGAAGAAUAUAAAUGUCCGCGUUACAAGCAUGGAUGCUGAGCUGGAGUUUGCUAUCCUGCCCAGCACAACUGGCAAACAGCUUUUUGACCAGAUAGUGAAGACAAUUGGGCUGCGAGAAACCUGGUUCUUUGGCCUCCAGUACCAGGACAGCAAGGGAUUCUCCACCUGGCUGAAGUUGAACAAGAGGGUGACAGCUCAAGAUGUGAAGAGGGACAACCCUCUGUUGAUCAAGUUCAGGGCCAAGUUUUACCCUGAGGAUGUCGCAGAAGAACUGAUCCAGGAGGCAACACAGCGCCUCUUCUUUCUACAGGUAAAAGAGAGCAUCAUAAAUGAUGACAUAUACUGCCCACCUGAGACUGCGGUGCUCUUGGCCUCUUAUGCUGUUCAGGUCAAACACGGGGACUACAGGAAAGACUAUCACGUACCCGGAUACCUAGCAAGGGAUAAGCUGCUGCCACAUAGGGUUCUGGAGCAGCACAAGCUGAAUAAGAAUCAGUGGGAGGAAAGAAUCCAGGUGUGGCAUCAGGAGCACAAGGGAAUGCUGAGAGAAGAUGCCAUGGUGGAGUACCUGAAGAUAGCCCAGGAUCUCGAGAUGUAUGGGGUCAACUACUUUAACAUCAAGAACAAAAAAGGAUCAGAGCUCUGGCUGGGAGUGGACGCACUGGGGCUGAACAUCUAUGACAAAAAUGACAGGAUGACUCCAAAGAUUGGCUUCCCCUGGAGUGAGAUCAGAAAUAUUUCCUUCAAUGAUAAGAAGUUUGUCAUCAAACCAAUCGACAAGAAAGCCCCGGACUUUGUUUUCUACGUACCUCGUCUUCGCAUCAACAAGCGUAUCCUGGCCUUGUGUAUGGGCAAUCAUGACCUGUACAUGCGCAGACGUAAGCCCGACACCAUUGAGGUGCAGCAGAUGAAGGCCCAGGCCAGGGAGGAGAAGAACAAGAGGCAGAUGGAGAGGGCUCUGCUCGAAAGUGAGAAAAAAAAGCGAGAAAAUGCUGAGAAGGAAACAGAGAAGAUUGCUCGUGAGACCAUGGAGCUGAUGGAGAGAUUGAGACAGAUUGAAGAGCAGACAAAGAGAGCACAAGAUGAGCUGGAGGAGCAGACUCGCAGGGCUCUUGAGUUAGAGAAGGAGAGGACAAUAGCCCAAGAGGAGGCUGAGCGCCUGGACAGGGAACGCAGAACUGCAGUGGAGGCUAAAGCAGCCCUGCUGUACCAUUCUGAAACCCAGAUCAAGAACCAGGAAAGCCUGGCCUCUGAGCUGGCAGAGCUUACCUCUAAGAUCUCACAGCUGGAAGACGCCAAGAAGAAAAAAGACGAGGAGGCAAAGAGAUGGCAGAAAAGGGCAAUCGUAGUAGAAGCUGAUCUGGAGCGAACCAAAGAAGAGCUGAAGACUAAACUCAUGGGUGUCCACAUCCAGGAUUCGGUCCACACUCAUAUGCAUGAGCACGACGAGACGGAUGAGAGCAGCGCAGAAGCGAGCGCUGAGCUGACUUCUCCAGGCAUGGUCCGAGAUCGCAGCGAGGAGGAAAGAGUAACAGAGGCCCAGAAGAACCAGAGGCUGCAGAAAAACCUCAAGUUCCUGAGCACUGAGCUGGCUGGAGCUGUAGAUGAGAGCAAAAAGACCCCCAAUGACCUGAUCCACGCUGAGAAUGUGAAGGCAGGCCGUGACAAAUACAAGACCCUACGUCAGAUUCGUCAGGGCAACACCAAACAACGCAUCGAUGAAUUUGAGUCCAUGUGAGAGAGGCUGCUGUGGAUUCACUCAGAGUGAAGACAAGAUAAGAAUAGAUGACAAAAUCAGACGCACUGAGAGAUUAUAAAAGAGUAGGUGGAGAGUACAGGAUAGGUAGAAAUUAGCCUGACAUAACAGAGUGAAUAUGAUGGUAAAUUAUAUUGUUACUGUGCUUCGAUGCCUUUAAGGUCCAUGAUUUUAAUGCCAUUUCAUCUGGAAAUAAGUCAGUGCAGAAAAGUACAUUUUUAAUUUCAUUGGAAGAAAAAAAAAACACAUUAACUGUCCACUUCUGUGUUGUGAGACAAAUAUGUAUGUCUUUCA